GGGAGUGAGAGAGAGGGUAUCUAGAGAGAGGGAAAAUAUAUAUAUAUAUAUAUAUAUAUAUAGUAGCUAGAGGGAGGUGAGAGCAAAAAUCAUGCAGAGUGGGAGUGAUUUUCCUUGCAAUUAAUUUUCCUAAUUAUUAUUCUCCUCUUGAGGAAUUGGCAUAAUUCACUUUCUUUCCCGUCUUUUUGUUGAGAAAACAAUGAGUCGAUUAGGGUUUAAAUCCUUGGUUUAUCACGGGGAUGUGUAUUUAGGGGAACUGGAAACUGUUCCAGUGAAGGACGGGAAUUUUCAGUUUCCGAAUAAUGAGAUUAGGAUUCACCACAUCUCCCCAAACAGCGAGAGAUGCCACCCUCUAUCUGUUCUCCAGACGAUUUCUUAUGCCUCCGCUCGUUGCAAACUCGAGCCUGUCUCCAAUGGCAAUUCAAAUACCAAUGCUGAGCAGUCUCCCCUGAUCAAUCUUCACGCAUCGUGCUUCUAUGAGCUUAAGACUGCAGUUGUGUUGCUUGGUAGUGAGGAGGUUCAUUUGGUGGCGAUGCCUAGCAAGCAGAAGAAAUUUCCAUGUUUCUGGUGCUAUUCGGUGCCCUGUGGGUUGUACAAUGCAUGUUUGUGGAUGUUGAACACACGUUGCUUAGCUAUUGUGUUUGAUCUUGAUGAAACACUUAUUGUUGCCAACACAAUGAAGUCAUUUGAAGAUAGAAUUGAUGCUUUGAUGGGUUGGAUUGCACGUGAGACUGACCCUAUUCGGGAAUCUGGGAUGACGGCAGAGAUGAAGAGAUAUAUUGAGGAUCGGACUUUAUUGAAGCAGUAUGCUGAUACUGACUGUGUUGUGGAUGGUGGGAAAGUGUAUAAGGUCCAGCAGGAGGAAGUCCCUCUGCUAUCUGAUGGGAGCCACCGUGUUGUUCGGCCUGUAGUAAGGCUGCCUGAGAAAAAUAUUGUUCUUACGCGCAUUAAUCCUGAGAAUCGUGAUACCAGUGUAUUAGUCAGGUUACGACCUGCUUGGGAAGAUUUGAAAAGUUAUUUAACUGCAAAAGGCCGGAAAAGAUUUGAAGUUUAUGUUUGUACCAUGGCUGAAAGAGAUUAUGCAUUGGAAAUGUGGAGGCUGCUUGAUCCAGAAGCAAACUUGAUUAGCUCAAAGCAACUACUGGACCGUGUUGUAUGUGUCAAAUCAGGGGCUAGGAAAUCUUUGCUCAAUGUCUUCCAUGAUGCAAAUUGUCAUCCGAAGAUGGCAAUGGUAAUAGAUGAUCGCUUAAAGGUGUGGGAAGAGAAGGAUCAGCCUCGAGUUCACGUAGUUCCUGCAUUCACUCCAUAUUAUGCCCCGCAGGCUGAGACUGCGAAUGCUGUUCCUGUCCUUUGUGUAGCAAGAAAUGUGGCAUGCAAUGUCAGAGGCGGUUUUUUCAAAGAGUUCGAUGAAAAUCUACUGCGGAGAAUAUCUGACAUCUUCUAUGAAGAUGAAGUGGUGAACUUACCUUGUCCACCAGACGUGAGCAACUACUUGAUGUCAGAGGAUGCUAGUUUUGUGCCAAAUGGAAAUCCAAAUGUUCCAAUUGCUGAUGGAAUGAAUGGACCUGAAGUUGCGCAAAGACUGCAGCCUCUGGUAGAACAGACGAAUGUUUCGAAUGCUGUUUCUCAUCCCAUGGCUAAUAACCUUGAGUUGAAAUCUGAAGGCUCUAAGCUCCCUGUAGUAUCUCUUUCAAGUGCUACUACUCCAGCAUCCACAAGAGUAGUAUUACCUUCUGAAAAACCUAGUUUGCUUGGUGAUCCCUUUCGAAGAGAUAGCAGGUAUUCAGGUUCAACUGAACCGCCUCUGUUGUCUAGAUUGCCUUGGCAGCCCCCCCUCCUACAACCACAAGGAGGCUGGUUAGUGGAAGAAGAUACUAAUAGAGGAAAUUUCAUCAGCCGAACCCUGGGAAUAACUCCAGAAUGUGAUCCAUCUGAUAGACUGCGGGGUCGUCAAAACUUGCUCAGUCAUGGUACAUCGUCUUCGGUUACCACAGAAUUGUCUCAUGCAGUUCAAGCAAAAAAUGAAGAGGCUAACCCCAGAUAUGACAUCCAGAAAAGCCCUUUGCCUACAAAUCAGUUUGCAGAGAUUGGUGUGUCUAAUCAGUCAUCCUCCAAUAAUAAAGAGCUAAAAUCCGAAGCUGAUAAAAUGAAUAUGUUGCCAUCUUUGUCCAUUGGUGUGCUCCAUGAGAUUGGAAGGAGAUGCAGGUCAAAGGUUGAAUUUAGGCCCGUUGUAAGUACCAGUGAUGACUUGCAGUUCUCAGUAGAGGUUUUCUUUACUGGUGAAAGAAUUGGUGUUGGAAUGGGCAAGACGAGAAAAGACGCGCAGCAACAGGCUGCAGAGAAUGCACUUCGUAGCUUGGCUGAUAAUUACAUAUCUUAUAUUUCGCCUCAUUCUAAAGCUGUGGAUAAUGAUUUUGAUAGACUUCUUCUAGAGAAAGAAAAUGGGUUUCUUUGGGACAUUGUCAAGCCUGGAUCAGAAGCACCACAAGUUAAUAAUGGGCUUCCCAAACAAAAUACUUCAGAAGUGGGAAUUCUUGACAAUUCUUCCCAUGGCUGAUUUGAUUUGCUUCUUCAGAACAUCUGAGAUGCUUGGAUAAGGGCUGUGUGGAUAUUUCAAGAUAGCAGUAGUGAUUGCCUUGAGAUAAACCAGUCCGUGCUGGAAUAUGCUCACUCAAGAUCUGGGAGCAGAAAAUGGGGAAAGGUGGCGUAAGUUGCUUCGUCCCGAGCUGCAGUGUCUUCUUUGCUUCAAAAUUCCUGUUUGGUGGUCGCAAGCUAGGACCUAAGCUAUGCUUCCUUGAAGCAAGUGAACUUAUCAAAGCACAAAAGCAUCCGAGUUCUCCCAGGCUAUCACAUUUUGAUCAGAAGAAGCAUGAUAAAGGAAGAAUUGCUGCAGAGUUUGUCGUGGUGGCAUCUAGAGAACGAACAGAUUCCCAUGAGCGAGCUUAAUGAUUGUUUCUCAACUGAAGAAGCCCUAGCAAGGAAGUUUUUAGAAUUAGAGUUUGUUCAUCGGCAAACCAAUCCUUGUUGUGUAUGAUUUCUGUAUUUAUUUUGGCAUCACUUUUGUCCAGAUACAAAUUUGAAGGCUCCUGUUUCAAAGGUUGACCCAGCCUUUGAACCAUAACCCAUAUGCUCGAGUAUGAGCAUCAAGUUUAUUCCCGGGAAUACACAAUUCUGAAUAUUAUUAUUCAGCGUUUGUUGCUCUGGUAGUCUAAACAGAGGCCCAGGGCCAGGCCCAUGCAGCUGAAACAGAAUUGGGGCUUAAAUGGACGCCGGCUCUUUCGGGAUUUCACUUAUAAAAGAAUGAAUGUUCAUUAUCCAAUGAGUCGUGCACUGAGCACUGUUUGUUAUCGGGAGGACAUGUCUCCCAUUUCAUUAAUGGAAAAGAAAGGGAGAAUUGAAGUUGGAGCAUCAAUAAGGUGAUUGAUUAAUCGAGUAUUAGGUGGCGAAGCUCCUGUCAAACAUUAGGCCAGGUUUCUAUAUUCAUUUCCUUCUAAGAAUAAUUGACACGAGUGGCCAACUUCACUAAUUCUUCACACUCUAGUAAAAUACGAAGAAAUUACUUGUAGCCAAGCAGUGAAUUGGUAUGUAACUUGGUUUA